AUGAUCACCAAUAAAAAGCCUAGAUCAUCAGACACUGACUCUAAUUACAUGAGAGACGAUCGAACUGAAAUGUCCGAAGACGAUGACCGAUCUCCACCGUCUGAUUCAAUCACCAAUGAUUCUUGCCCAACCCGGAACUGCACUCCCGGUUCCGGGUCGGGUUCAUCUUCAAUCCCCGAAUACUUGGCUCCAUACCCGGACCAAGUCCUCGAAAACGUUUUAGAAAACGUUCUCUGGUUCUUAACCUCGCGUAAGGACCGAAACGCUGCGUCAUUGGUUUGCAGGUCAUGGUACCGGGUCGAGGCUCUUACCCGAUCCGAUUUGUUCAUCGGUAACUGCUACGCGGUGUCUCCAAAACGGGCCACGUCGCGCUUUUCACGAAUCCGGUCGGUGACGCUAAAAGGGAAGCCAAGGUUUGCCGAUUUUAACCUGAUGCCGCCUAAUUGGGGAGCCCACUUCGCGCCUUGGGUCUCUGCUAUGGCAAAGGCUUACCCUUGGUUAGAGAAGGUUCAUUUGAAGAGGAUGUCAGUGACGGAUGAUGAUCUGGCUUUGCUUGCGGAGUCAUUUUCGGGAUUCAAAGAGCUCGUUCUUGUUUGUUGUGAUGGGUUUGGUACUAGUGGACUUGCUGUUGUUGCUAGUAGGUGCAGGCAACUCAAAGUACUUGAUCUGAUUGAAUCAGAGGUAUCAGAUGAUGAAGUAGAUUGGAUUUCGUUUUUUCCAGAUACCGAAACAUGUCUCGAAUCCCUGAUUUUUGAUUGUGUUGAUUGUCCCAUUGAUUUUGAUGCACUGGAGAGGCUGGUGGCUAGGUCCCCAUCACUUAAGAAACUUAGGCUGAACCGAUCCAUUUCAAUUGGGCAACUAUACCAUCUAAUGGUUAGAGCUCCGCAGCUCACACAUCUUGGGACAGGCUCGUUUAGCCCAUCGGAGGACGUGGCACAUGUUGAACAGGAACCGGAUUAUGUCUCUGCGUUUGCUGCUUGCAAAUCUUUAGUUUGCCUAUCUGGAUUCAGGGAAAUCAUUCCAGAUUACUUGCCUGCAAUAUACCCCAUCUGUUCCAAUCUCACUUCACUGAACUUUAGUUAUGCAAAUAUCAGCGCAGAACAGGUCAAACCAAUCAUAAGCAAUUGCCACAAGCUUCAGAUUUUCUGGGUUCUUGAUUCGAUAUGCGAUGAAGGACUUCAGGCUGUGGCUGCAACAUGCAAGGAACUACGUGAGCUUCGGGUUUUCCCCAUUGAAGCUAGGGAGGACAUCGAGGGCCCUGUUUCUGAAGUGGGCCUCCAAGCGAUUUCAGAGGGUUGCAGGAAGCUUCAAUCUAUCUUGUAUUUUUGCCAGCGGAUGACCAAUGCUGCUGUUAUAGCUAUGUCAAAGAACUGCCCAGACCUUGUGGUCUUCCGUCUCUGCAUAAUGGGGCGACACCGGCCUGAUGAUGUCACUGGAGAACCUAUGGAUGAAGGAUUUGGAGCCAUUGUCAUGAAUUGCAAGAAGCUCACUCGACUUGCAGUAUCUGGUUUAUUGACUGAUAGAGCUUUUGCUUAUAUUGGAAAAUAUGGGAAAAUCGUGAGGACCCUAUCGGUUGCUUUUGCUGGAGAUAGUGACAUGGGGCUGAAGUAUGUGCUAGAGGGUUGUCCUAGAUUGCAGAAGCUUGAGAUUAGAGACAGUCCAUUUGGGGAUGCAGCUCUACUUUCUGGUCUGCACCACUAUUACAACAUGAGAUUCCUUUGGAUGUCUACUUGCAAGUUGUCGCGCCAGGGCUGCCAACAGAUUGCUCAGGCAUUGCCUCGCCUGGUGGUGGAAGUGAUUAAGCAUGAAGAUAACGUGGACAUGGAAGAGGUUGUUGAUACGUUGUACAUGUAUCGCUCUCUUGAAGGGCCAAGAGAGGAUGUGCCACAAUUUGUUUCCAUCUUAGAGGACAGACAUAUGAAGGAGGGGGCUCUGAUGUGGAAGACGGAUAUCUCUGCAAGGUGUUGGACCACCAUUAGAUCUGUUUGUAUUGUCAAUGUGAGAUGGGUAAUAAAUGCCAAAUAUGCACAGCAUAUGCAUGGACCAUACACCUUUAGUGGGAACGUUGUUGUGCAAGUACAUGUUGGUGACCCCCUUGCACACCGUGUGGGGUUCCAUUGGAUGAGAAUCCCAAUCCUCAAGGAUAUGUAUGGAUCUGAUCAUAUCUCAAUUCUCGUGUUACUUGAGCUUAUUAGUCUGAUGGUAAAAGCAAAGCUUAUCGUCAAAGUGGGAUCUGAUUGUGCAUUUGAAUAA